AUGGGGAACGCGCUGACCUGUUGCGGGAAGCCCGAAGCCAGCCCCCACCCGGGCCGGCGCUCCGGGCCGGCCGAGCCCGACUACGAGUCUGAGGUGUACGCGGCGGCGGCGGCGGCGGGGGACGCGGUGGCGGUGGCGCCCUCGCCGGCCGCCCUGGAGCCCGCCGAGCGGGACGUGGGCACGGGCGAGGGCCACCACCUGCAGCACAUCAGCGACCGGGAGAUGCCGGACGAGUUAGCUUUGGAAUCAAACCCUUCUGACCAUCCAAGGGCAAGCACAAUUUUCUUGAAUAAAUCUCAAACGGAUGUGCGAGAAAAGAAGAAGAACAACUAUGUAAACCAUGUAUCUCCAGGGCACCUUACUAAAAAAUAUAGCUCAUGCUCAACUAUAUUUCUAGAUGACAGCACAGUCAGCCAGCCUAAUCUUAGAACCACAGUACAAUGUGUGACGUUAGCAAUAUAUUACCACAUAAAGAACAGAGAUGCAAAUAGAUCCUUGGAUAUUUUCGAUGAGAGAUCACAUCCACUCACAAGAGAAACAGUUCCAGAAGAAUAUUUUAGGCAUGAUCCUGAACACAAAUUUAUUUACAGAUUUGUUCGGACUCUUUUCAGUGCUGCACAGCUAACAGCUGAAUGUGCUAUAGUGACUUUGGUUUACUUAGAAAGACUUUUAACUUACGCUGAGAUUGACAUUUGUCCCACGAACUGGAAGAGAAUUGUUUUGGGAGCCGUUCUUCUUGCCUCCAAGGUUUGGGAUGACCAGGCUGUGUGGAAUGUGGACUACUGCCAGAUCCUCAAGGACAUUACCGUUGAGGACAUGAAUGAGAUGGAAAGGCAUUUUUUAGAGCUACUUCAGUUUAAUAUUAAUGUUCCUGCCAGUGUUUAUGCCAAAUACUACUUUGACCUCCGCUCCUUAGCUGAUGACAACGACCUGCCUUUUGUAUUUGCCCCUCUUAGCAGAGAAAGAGCCCAAAACCUAGAGGCCAUUUCCAGAUUGUGUGAAGACAAAGACCUGUGCAGAGCUGCUCUGAGAAGGUCUCUUAGUGCUGAUAAUUUUAUUGGUGUUCAGCGUUCUAAAGCCAUCCUCUCUUAA